AUGUGGCUGUUUAUUGUAAUCCUGGCUUUGAUACAAGCAUCCGUGAACUCAGCAGAUGCCAUCGAGAAGAAAAAAGCUGUAAAUCCUGAGACUUUCAUGAAUGUCAGCCAGAUGAUCUGCCACAGAGGGUACCCCAGCGAGGAGUAUGAAGUCCUGACUAAAGAUGGUUACUAUGUCAGACUGAACAGAAUUCCUCACGGGAGAGAAAAUCCCAGGAACAAAGAGAACAAGCCAGUCGUGUUUCUCCAGCAUGGGUUCCUUGGAGAAGGCAGCAACUGGGUGGAAAAUCUGGCUAACAACAGCCUUGGCUUCAUACUGGCAGACUCUGGCUACGAUGUCUGGCUGGGGAACAGCCGUGGGACAAGCUGGUCCCAGCGACACCAGCACCUUUCAGCUGACCAGGAUGAAUUCUGGGAUUUCAGCUUUCAUGAAAUGGCCAUGUACGACCUCCCAGCCAUGAUUGACUUUGUUCUGCAGAAGACCGGGCAGCAGCAGAUCUACUACACUGGGCACUCCCAGGGCAGCACCAUCGCGUUCAUUGCAUUUUCAUCCAUGCCAGAACUGGCUCGGAAAAUCAAAAUGUUUUUUGCCCUGGCUCCAGUAGUGACAGUCAAGUACGCCAAAGGUCCUGUCAUGAAAAUGGCCUUCCUUCUGGAUGAUCAAGACAAGAUGAUCCAGCUCCUGUUCGGCAGAACGGACGCUUCGCUGCGGGUGAGGAAGCUGUGGAGGUUCCUCCCCAAGCUGUGCAGGCACCCGCUGCUGCACAAGCCUUGUGCCAACCUCUUCUUUCUGAUGGGCGGCUACAAUGAGAAGAACUUCAAUAUGACGCGGCUGGAUGUGUACACAUCCCACUAUCCGGAUAGGACCUCUGUCAAAACCAUGAUACACUGGGCCCAGGUGGUAAGAUCAGGAGAAUUGAAAGCCUUCGACUACGGCACCGAAAACCUAGCCAUGUACCACCAGGAGACACCUCCCUCCUACCAGUUGGAGAAGAUGCCCGUGCCCACUGCGGUGUGGUCAGGGGGAAAGGACUAUGUGGCUGACUGGAGGGAUGUCUGCCUGCUGCUGCCCCGCAUCACCCACCUCGUCACCUAUGGUCACAUCCCUGACUGGAACCACUGGGACUUCAUCUGGGGCCUGGAUGCGCCCAGGCACCUCUACAGCAGCAUCCUGGAGCUGAUGGAGAAGUCCCGACAGAGCAGCAUCUCCAGCCAGCGCAGCCCAAGGGGGUGUUGA